CCUUCGACAACCUGUUUACCGUCAACUUUCUUGUGGAUGAGGCACGUUUGCGGGAGCGUCCUCCGUCUUAGAUAUCUCACCUCGAGUCCAUCGCUUUUGAGAGUUUAAAGUACAAUACAACCCUGGUAGCUAAGGUUGUUUGUUAGCGUGAACUUACCAGGGCUGGAUUGUACCACGCACGCCGCCUUCCUUUGCGCACUCACCAGAGAAAGAUAUUACAAUCAACUUAUUUCCGACGAUCAGCCAUGGCGAACCUACCAGACACCAUCCAUGUCAAGCGCAAACGUGGCGCUGAUGACGUCGAGUACCUUCGUCUUGAGCCGAGCAAGCGAUCGCGAUUUGAUGAAUCGACUUGGGUCUAUCAGAAGAUCGAUUCCAUCGAGCCGCCCGUCGAACCUCCUGCCCCAGCGAUCCCUAUCAUCCAACCAACCGAAGAAGGCGACGAAACCUGGCGACGCCGUCACAAACCAGCUGGGCGCCCAGAUACAAAGGAUGCCGCGACCUCAGGAGAGACCCCGGCAGCGCUCGCUGCCUCAAAGCAGCCAGCAGUGACCACCGUCAGCCGUCCAACUACCGAGAACCUUCGACGCUUCCACCUAAAGAGCUUCAUUUCGCCCCAGUCGGCCGCUGGCGUGUCCAAAAAGCGCACUGCGCCGGCUGUGUUUGUCGAAAGGGAUGCAAAGAAGCACCGGGAGUCGUUGAAGGCCACCCUUCAGGAACACGCGACCAUACCGUCGGAGCCAUCAGGCCGGCGGACCGAAGCCAAGUCAUCGGAAUUUCCUUCGCCAGCAGACGGGAGGCCUGCUGCCGCUAUGGAGCCCCGUCCACUCAAACUCAAACGACCAGGGCGCAGGGCUUGUACUCAACCGCGAGGCGUGCAACCUUCGCAUCCCCCGUCAAUGGGCGAGGAACGCAAAGACAUGGAUAUGAGCUCGCUUGCUCGGGCUAUGGAUGCCUGGACACUUGAGGAGAUCGCCAGGAACCUUACCCGCACCGAGGAGCAGAGCACCAAGCCGUCUCUGGCCCCAGCAAUGCGCGACCGCAAGGACAAAGAUGUUGAUGAGGUUGCUCAGGCGCAAAAAGUCUCGAAAUUUGAGAUCGUCAGCCGCGCAGAUGAGAAGAGCAUCACAUGUAAGCACAGCCCUGCCAAAUCACGCUUCAAGCCCAAGGCUCCGAAACAGCGCUAUUUCGAGCGCCAUCCCGAUGCUCAGGCCUCGAGACCAACGGAUGAAACCGCGGCGGAGGCCCCAGUUGCGGAGGAGGACGCUCAGAGCUCCAGCGACGAAGAAGACUAUGUCUUUGAGACGUAUAAGCGUGUUCCCGUCGAACGCCUGCGAGACAAAGAGGUCCCGUUACACCGCGUCGGUCUGCUCGUGUUUGAUACCGAGCCCGAAAUCGAGUUCUUUUACGGCAACGAGGGGGACAGUGGGGAGGAGUACGGCGAUGAUGACGAGGACUCAAAUGCCGAAGAUCACUAUACAGCAGACUAUCCUGACGAGGAUCUCGAUUGGGAUGACGAAUUUGGCCGGUACCCGUACCAUUACUUGAACCAGAAUGCCUCGGACAUGGAGGAGUGGGACGAGAGAGACUAUAUGGAUGACGAUCCCUUGGACGAAAGUCUUAGAUGGGCCAACAAUGGCGAGGGCCUGAUGGAGUGAAACAAGGAUAGGUACUGAUAUCGGUAGGAGCAUCGGACUGAUCGCACAUCCGAGCUUCGCAGCAAGUGUAUUUGUUCUUGCGUCUAGCGAUUCUGCUUACUACAGUUCAAUUAAGCAACGCGAAUCACAGGCAUUGUCCAACAUCGAACACGUCGUAAGAUCCUGUUCCUCAUCUACCCCCCCGAGCUUCAUUAUAUCAUAAUAAUCA